AGGGUGUUUCAUGAUGAAAAGAUAUGGCUUUUCCAGGCCUUUUUUGAUGGUUUUUUCGAUGAUUUUUUCAGACCUUUUUCGAUUUCAAGAUUUUGAAAAAGAACUUCUUUUUUGUCAUUUUGCAGAAAAGGGUAGGGAGCCUUUUCUGCACACCAUGUCUUUUUUCCAAGUCCUUUUUUCUCUCUUUUUUGCACCUCCUUGCUUAGUAAUACUAGUCAUCAAUUUGUACGAGUUGGUACUCCUAUAUCCUAUCCUCAAUAAGAACCUGCCACUCCCCAGACCCAAUGGGUAAAGGAAAUAAGAAGGUCUCCAACAAGAAUGGGGUAGGAACUAAUGUUGAAACACCCAAAGUAUCCAACAAGCCGAAGAAAGAACGAGCAAAGCCAAUUGAAUGGGGGGACAAUCCUGGUUGGAUACGAAAGGCCAUUCAGUAUCUUAUCAACAACGUUGAAUUCCGUUUGAAGUUGUUUAGUGAUUCUACAGUGGAUGCAAAGGCAGAGGACCGAAAGAAGAGUCAGGGAAAGGAAGGAAAAAUCAACAUGUUCAGCACCCUUGCUGCACACAUCUUCACAAGCAAUGAUGAGCCGAUAGCACAACAAGAGUGGAGAGAUGAAUAUGCAAAAGACCCCCACCGCUUCGCUACCUCACUUCAACAACAAUUUGCAAAAUUAAAGAAGACUUACUCAAAGCAUGUCCGUCGUUUGAAGGAUACAGGAGGAGGACUUUUGCCGGAAGAUCAAGCACAAAAUAUCAUAGAACAGAUCCAGGAGGAAUUCGAGUUCUGGGAUGAUCUCCAUGCUAUGUGGUCUGAACUACCAAAUUACAAUCCUAUUGGUGUUAGUAAUGCAACCAGUGGCAGUAACCAUUCCAACAAUACCUCUGAACUAUUCGGACAGUCCGUCGCUCCCACCAGAUCUCAGUUGGCCAUGACUCGCUUACCUGACCAAGACGAAGAAAGCAACAAUGAUGAUGAUGCUGCAGACAGUGGGCUCGAUGUCCCAACCUGGGAUACCACUACCAAUCAUAUGCGCUUCUCUUCAUCUGCUGGAAGCGAGUUAGCUGAUGACAUGGAUCAGCUUGACCAGCUUGAUGACCACCACAGAACUCCUCCUCCGAAAUCUGCACUCACAAAGGAGAAGAAGAGAGAGAGGAAGAAGGAAAGGGAUGGGAAGGAAGGAAAGAAGCGCCAAUUUGAUGCAGCUGACCUUGACGAAAUUCACCUGAAGGAACUCGAUGAUGCUGCUCAGCGCCGUGAUUCUCGUACUGCUCUUCGCAUGAAGGAACUCGAAAAUACCACUGCCCGUAUAGCUGCAAAACGCGAGAAGAUGCGAUUGGAUGAAAAAAAGUUGGAGUUAGAGAAGCAGUCAGUGGCAUUGCAGGCUCAGACAACGCAGCAGACUUUCAUGAUGAUGAACAACCUUCUUAUGGCAUUUGCACCACAAAACACCAUUCGUGGACAUCUGAAUGCCAUGGGAGGAUCAAACAUUGCUGGACCAUCUAUGCCAACAUUCAAUUCUUUUACUGGAAUGAAUACUACUGGUCAAGAGUUUGCACCUACUUCGACAUCUUCCCCACUUCCAGAAAUUCCAGCUCUGCAGCCAGGGGACAGUUCGCAACAGGGUAAUGGGUUCAAUGCCUCCCUCUCUGGUAACAACACAGACUAUCCUGACUUCAACUUCGAUCAAAUCUAG